GCAUGAGAGGCUGAGACCUCCAAAAAUUUCCCCAUCGCGCAGACGACGAGCGAACAACACACUUGGCCAUCUUUGCGCUCAAGCAUUUCGUGACUUCACAGUCACCUGCAUUCUUCAGCAUGCCCAAGAAACGCACAAAGCUCGUCGUGAAGCCCAACACAAAGAGCCCCCACUACAAAAAGGGCCAUGUCCAGGAGCAACAACCCCAAUCGCAGGCCAAGAAACCUCACCAGCAGAAACACCAUGAGAAACCGACGAUUCCCUUCUCCAAGACGGAUCGCAUUCUUUUACUCGGCGAGGGCGAUCUCAGCUUUGCCGCGUCCCUCGUGAAACACCACAACUGCACCAAUGUCCUCGCCACCGUGUACGAAAAAUCGGAAGAAGAGGUGUUGGAAAAGUAUCCGCACGCAAAGGAGAACAUUGACGCCAUCACGACCGCCCCCGCGCCGGCCUCGGACGACGAGGACGAUCUCCCGUCCGACUUUGACCCGGAAGACUACCCCUCCGACUUUGAAGCGCCCGAGAAGAAGCAGCCGUGGCUCAACAAGAUCCUCUACAACAUCGACUCCACCAAACCUCUGCCCUCCGUCGUCGCGCGACCCGCGAAACCCAACCGGGUCUUUUUCAACUUCCCCCAUGUAGGCGGUCUGUCGACCGAUGUCAACCGCCAAGUACGGAACAACCAGCACCUCCUGGUCGAGACGUUCAAGCGCGUGCUUCCCAUCCUCGCGCCCGACGGCAAGAUCAUCGUCACCCUCUUUGAGGGCGAACCGUACACCUUGUGGAACAUUCGCGAUCUGGGCCGCCAUUGCGGGCUGCAGGUCGAGAGGAGUUUUGCCUUUCAAGCAGAGGCCUAUCCUGGCUAUAAGCACGCGAGGACAUGUGGUGUGAUCAAGAACAGGAAAGGAGAAGAGGGCGGUGGCUGGAAAGGUGAACAGCGGAGCGCGAGAAGCUACGUAUUUAUCAAAAAGGUCGAGGAUGGCAACGAUACCAAAAGUGCCCCUGGCAAAAGGAAAAGGAGAAAGGACGACGACUCGGACGAGGAUUGACGAGAACCAAAUGAUACCAGCGAGUAGUCAUUGAAUUAGAAUUAUGAAUUAUCGCUGUAUUCCUCGCUGUGUUCCUCGCUGUCGCUAUUGUGAGUAUUUGGAGUAAAGCCCCAUCACUAACAUUGCUAACACAAUCGUCACCGAAGUGAUUGCAGCUAGGUACCACUCUACUCGGUGUAGUAAUGCCUUUCUUUGAGUGAUCGCGCCGGCAGUGAUGAUAUAAAUCGUCUAUCAAAUGUAAGUAUAGCUCGUAAAGUCAACAGUGUUAUGAAU